CAUACGGUUUUCUAGCCCUUUUUCCUGGAGCUUGUCUAGUCUCCUCGUGUCGUUUCUGUUUUCAUUGGUUUUGGUUUUACGUUGUCUAAUGAUAACUAUCAUAAGCAACAGUUUGAGUUUGAGUCUAAGAGAACCCAAGAUGCGCUCGCGUUGAGCCAAAGCAGCCUUACAAAGAUAGCCUUUUGUAAAUUGGUCCUUCGAGCCGGAUCGCCGGAUUCGAACCAGAGAAGACUAGAGAUGGCAGAUAGUAUUGGUCCGCAGCAGAAGAUCGCCAAGGCUAAGGCGAAGACGGAAUAUACUAAUGUCCGCCGUGGGUUGCUGGUGUCCAUCGUAUCGGAAACCGCGGUGCCACGGUUUGACAAAGACGACAAUGUGGUCAAGGCGCGUAUUCUGAACGUCAGCUGGUCCGCCGAUCAUCGUGUGAUCGACGGUGCCACUGUGGCACGCUUUUCCAACCUCUGGAAACAGUACCUUGAGAACCCAGCCACGCUCCUAGCCGAUAUGCGAUGAACCAAGCGGACACAUUCGUUUUAACUUCAACUAACCCACUUUUUCUCACGCAGAUUUAAAUGAUUCAAAGUCUGCCGAUAACACCUUCUUUCUUUUUUUUACCACAAUAAAUUCUACUCUCGGAGUAUAAAACAAUUCACUUUUUGUAGGAAUCUACGCACGCAAGGUCGAGAAUGGUGUGUUUUAACUGCAGUCAACUGUUCUGACACUUUCAUGUUGUCUGGUGAUGGUGCGCUUGCACUUCAGUUGUUAAAAAAAUUAAAAAUACACUGUAGUAAGUAUACGUGAUGGGCAUAUGCCGCCUUGCACAGCAGCGUGUGCAACCAUGGGGAGUCAUUGGUGAUGAUCACGCUCUCUUCUCCUCAUACGUUAUUAUUAUUAUUAUUAUCCUGUCACGCCCAUAACUAGCUUGGAUAGAAUUUAGCCAGGCUUUGUGUCCCAUGACCAGAUGACUUCUUCAGCCUGGUGUGUGUGUGUGUGUGUGUGUGUGUGUGUGUGUGUGUGUGUGUGUGUGUGUGUGUGUGUGUGUGUGGUGGAUACCAGGCUAAAAAUAGUGGCGGUCAAUUCAUCAGCCUUGCAAGCUGUUGAAUGGUGUAAUCCCAGCACAAGUUGCUAUGUCUAACAUAGCUGUUCGCUA